AUGAACGGUGAUAAUUUUUAUGAGUGGUUCAACAAAAUUUUGCCGUUAUUGAACGAAAAUGCCGUGAUCGUCAUGGACAAUGCGUCUGAUCAUUCGGUAAAGAAGGACCCAUGCCCCGUUAUAUCUUGGAAAAAAGCAGAUAUUAUCAACUGGCUGGAAAAUAAAGGUGAGGUAGUCGAUCAUAUAAAGAUUAAAUCCCAAUUAUUGGAAAGAGCUCAAGUUUUAAAGCCUCAAUAUGAACAAUAUGUGAUUGAUGAAUUAGCAAAGGCUGCUAACAAAACUGUUGUACAUGUUCGUAAACUAUUGGAAGAAGGCGUGGAACGGGUUACACCAGACAUGUGGAAAAACUUUAUUACUCAUGUGACAAAAGAGGAAGACAAAUUUUGGCAAAUCGAUGUCUUAUCUGAUGAACUCUUUGAUGAACAAGAAUUCCACGUCUUAACAAUCACAGGUGACACAAGUUCAGACUUCGAUUCUGAUUAA